UUCCCUUGUCCGGCUGGUCCACCUUAGGGUUCGGUUCGGCGCGUAAGCGACGUCAAUACUGUCAAGGCAGCGACGUGUGGAGAUCGACUCUUGUUUCUGCUUCUUUUACGUGUGACUUUGUGCAAAAUUCUUCAAAAUGGGUGAGAGGAAAGGCAUGCUGUACUACCCCCCUGACUAUGACCCGAGGAAGGGGGGCCUCAACAAGUUCCAUGGCACGCACGCUUUACGGGAGCGUGCCCGGAAGCUCCACCUGGGCAUCCUCAUCAUCCGCUUUGAGAUGCCCUACAACAUCUGGUGCGAGGGAUGCAACAACCACAUCGGCACUGGAGUGAGGUACAAUGCCGAGAAGAAGAAGGUUGGCAUGUAUUACUCCACACCCAUCUACCAGUUCAGAAUGAAGUGCCACUUGUGUGACAAUCACUUUGAGAUCAAGACAGACCCAGCAAACUUGGACUACGAGAUAGUGAGUGGUGCACGCCGGCAAGAGAGACGAUGGGACCCAACAGAGAAUGAGCAAGUGGUGCCGGAGGACAAGGAGGUGACGCGCAAGAUGGCAGUAGAUGCCAUGUAUAAACUGGAGCAUGGCGUGACUGACAAGACCAAGGCCAAGGAGGUGGACCCUGUGCUGAAGGACCUGGAGGAGUUUCAAGCGUCGCGUUGGCAUGAUGACUACAGCUCCAAUAAGGCACUGAGGGCAGCAAUGAGGAAAAAGCGUGAGGAAGCCAAAAGAAAGGCAGAGAAAGAUGCGUCCUACAAUCUUGGUGUUCCUCUCUUGGCACCCAGUGCUGAGGACGUGAAGAUGGCAAAGCUUCUACAGUUCACUCAGUCCAAAAGCUCUGAAGAAAUAAGGAAGGAGAGGAGAGCUGAGAUAGAUGCCCAGUCUGUCUUCACAAAACUCAAGGCCAAGAAAAUAUCACAGAAGACAAAAAAAGCACUGGCGAGGCAGUCACUUCAAAACAUUGUGUCCCACUCUCAGAAGAAUUUCGCUAACUUUAAAAACUCCUUUGGAGGACAAAAUUUAGGAAUAGUUCUCAAGAAAGUAACUACAGAAGAGGAAUCUGAGAUGAUAGAGGAAUCAGAAAGACCAGAGAAAGAAUCAGAGAAGCUAGAGGAGGAGAAUAAGAGAACAGAGAAGGAUUUAGGAGCCAGCACUAGUAUCAGCACUUCAGAGGCAAAUGAAGACUCAAGAGAAGCGAGUAGCAGUGCGUCUGAACCAUCAAAGAGUACUGUAAGUGAAGUAGGUAAAGCCCAGUGUCUGGUCAGCUAUGAGAUGAGUGCCAGUGAUAGUGAUGACAGUGGGCAGUGAGUGUCAUGGAUGUAAAGGUAGAUUUCUUAUUGUACAAAGUCAUAUAUUCUCAAAUUAGACAUCCCUAUAUAAUGACCCUUUUUUUUCCACAUAUAAUAAAUAUCUAGGAUUGUU